AUUUCUUGUUCACAAUAUUUCUCUCUUGAUUUCAUGGCAUCUUCAACAUCACACACUGUGAAAAUCCAAGAGGUGACCAAAGUCCUUCCAUCCUCCGCCGUCUCAGCCACCGAGCUCUCUCUCCCACUCACCUUCUUCGACUUAUUGUGGCUCAAGUUCCCUCCUGUGGAGCGUCUCUUCUUCUACCAAAUACCCCACUUGACAUCUCAGUUUUUCAACUCCGAUAUAGUCCCCAAACUCAAGCAAUCUCUCUCUAUAACCCUUCUCCAUUAUCUCCCUCUUGCUGGUAACCUCAUGUGGCCCCAAGACACCCCUAAACCAGCCAUCUACUACUUCCAAAACGACGGUGUUUCGCUCACUGUUGCAGAGUCCAACGCCGACUUCAAUUACCUCUCAGGCUAUGGACCUCGUGAAGUUGGUGUAUUUCAUUCUUUGAUACCCCAAUUGUCUAUAUCCGACGAUAAAGCGGCGGUCAUCGCUAUCCAAAUAACAUUAUUUCCCGAUGAAGGUUUCUCCAUUGGCUUCUCCGCUCAUCAUGGAAUACUCGAUGGGAAAACUUCAACCAUGUUAUUAAAGUCUUGGGCUUAUAUUUGCAAACAAGAUAAACAAGACCCUUCCUUGCCAUCAGAACUAACUCCAUUAAUCGACAGGAGUGUCAUCCAAUACCCUACAGGAAUUGAUACUUUGAUGUUGAAUGGCUGGUUCGACUCCAACUCCCGAAGCUUGAAGCUUUUGACAAGCAAAGCAGUAGAUCCCAAUUUACUUCGAGCGACGUUUCAGUUUAGCCGUGAAGAUAUCAAGAAGCUAAGGGUUAAGGUACAAGAAGAUACAAACCAGUCAGAACAACUUCAUUUAUCAAGUUUUGUGCUCACAUACGCCUAUGUAAUCGUUUGCUUAACGAAAGCUAUAGGAAAAGAAGAAGAAGAAGGUGAGGUUCUAUUUGGAUUCACAGCUGAUUACAGAACCCGUUUAGAGCCUCCGAUUGCAGUGAACUACUUCGGAAACUGUGUUUGCUCCCAUGGAGCAAGGGAAGAAGCAAAAGAUGUAGUGAAGGAAGAUGGUGUUUUUCUAAUUGCAAAGAGGUUAAGUGAGUGUAUGAAAGAGUUAGAAAAGGGGGCAGUUCUUGAAGCAACGGGGGAGAGGCUUGCAAGUUAUGUUCCAUUUAUGAAACAAGGGGCAAAAGGAAUAGGGAUUGCCGGGUCGCCCAGGUUUGAAGUUUAUGGGACGGAUUUCGGGUGGGGAAGACCCAAGAAGGUGGAGAUUGUGUCAAUAGAUAAGAAUGGGUCCAUUUGUUUGGCAGAUAGUGGAGAUGGAAGCGGCGGUGUUGAGGUUGGUGUAGUUUUAGAGAAGCAACAAAUGGAGGCUUUUGCUUCCGUGUUUGCCAAUGGACUGCAAUAG